UUCACUUCUCAUGGAGUGUUGGAGCAGACGAAACAGAGGGAAAGAUUACGGUUCGAAAUGUUUAGCCAUUUUCUGUUGACAACUUCGUGGAUACUACUGGCUAAAGCCACUGUCUCUCUUGGUGCUAUCCGAAUGCUGAUGAUGGAUGUUCCAAGUCCAACCACUCAAGGCGAAACAGUUGAGCUGAUAUGCAGCUACGAACUAGACGAAGACAAUCUCUACUCUGUGAAAUGGUACAAAGAUGAUGUUGAGUUCUAUCGUUACGUACCGAACGACUGGCCACCGGGACAGUUUCUGCCCAUACUAGGAGUAAGGGUUGAUCUAUCCAAAUCUGGUAGUCAGUCCGUGUACCUCCGUGACGUAGACCUGAACAGUGCAGGAACGUACCGAUGUGAAGUGUCAGCCGAGGCUCCAGAAUUCCAAACCGUGGCUGCUGAAAAGGAGAUGACAGUUUUUGUGCUUCCCACAGAGGGGCCAAAAAUAACUGGAGGCCAAUCCAAGUAUCGUGUCGGUGACACUGUGUUUGUGAACUGCACCUCAUCAAAAUCUAAACCAGCUGCUACGUUGCAAUGGUACAUCAACGAUGAAGUAGUCAAGCCGGAGUAUGAAUUGGAACAUUCGACAACGCUACACCCUGACUCUUUAGAAACAUCCAGCUUGAGCCUCAAAUUCAUAGUUAGGGAAAUGAAUUUUCGUGGAGGAAAUAUGAAGUUGAAAUGCACUGCUACUAUUUCCAAGGUGUACACUAUGAGCAAUGAGGAGCUUGUGCUGGGUACGGGACUGAGGCAUCAAACAUCUGGGUUACACAUAACAGAGAACAUGAGCCAUGUUCAAAAUUCUUCCACGAUAGUGAAGACAUCAACACAAUGGACGUUUUUCACGGCAUUAGUCCUUUUCUUCUCCUAUAAAAGCACGGGAAUUGGGAUACAGAGGAGCCUGGUUGAUCCCUUUGGAUGA